AUGACGUUGGAAGCCGAAUUUAACGGAUAUCGGGGCAUUGUAACGGUCAGUGUUUGUGUGACAUGCGCACACACAGCCAGCCGCAGCACCACCGACCUGCUGUCCGACACCGACACGUCAACGCAAGCUCGGCGUUGGAUCACGAUCGUGACCCGCUGUCGUUCAGAUUUCUACCCCUCGUUGGGUAGUGAUUGUUAUUCUUCAUAUUUUAUUAGAAGAAGUCAUCGCCGAACCAAGAUGCCGCCCCGUUCUCACAGCCUCCAGUCCAGCGGACUGACGCUCUCCGAAACAAGCAUGGGCUCCUUUAAGAGAAGAAAGAGGAAAUCCAUAACGGUGACGGUGAUGCUGCUAAUUGUGUCUGUUCUCAUCCUCGUUUUCGGCCUGGCGGCGACCACCCGGACACAAAACAUCACUGUGGGAGGCUACUACCCAGGAGUCAUUCUCGGCUUUGGCUCUUUUCUGGGAAUCAUCGGUGCUCAUUUGAUAGAGAACAAGAGGCAGAUGUUAGUUGCAUCCAUUGUCUUCAUCAGUUUUGGAGCAGUUGCCGCCUUUUGCUGCGCUAUUGUUGAUGGAGUUUUUGCAGCGAGGCACAUUGACCUCAGGCCUCUGCAUGCAGGGCGCUGUGGGUAUCUCUCCAGUGAUUCUGCAUCUGAGCGUGACGUGCCGUGCCACACGCCUCGGUCGUCGUGUAAGCUGCAUGUGAAGAGCAACACCUGUUACUGCUGUGACCUCUACAACUGUGGGAGAGAACCUCUUAUGGGACUUCAGAAUAAAGAUGUUUUGAAAAAGUUUAGGAAGUCAUCCAUGAUUUGGAACCGAGCAGAAGUGAUGGGAGGCUACCAUGAAUACACAGAUGUGAAAAGCUGCCAGGACGUUGUGCACCUUUACUACCUGCUGUGGUCUGCGACCAUCCUGAACAUCGUGGCGCUUUUUCUGGGCAUCAUUACUGCAGCUGUGCUGGGAGGCUUCAAGGACAUGAUGCCUGCUCCUGCUUCAGAGACUGCGUCUGAACCGGAGGCCAUUGCUGCUCCUGCCCCUCCUGCUCCUCCUCCCACCACUUCCCUGAACCUGUACCACAACACUGCCCCCUGCCUGCCGCCUUACACCGCCUACGACCUGCAGGGCCCCUUCCUGUUCCCGGACUCCUCAGGCCUCUCAGAUGACUCCCAGUCUGGAGCCAGCCACCUCUGGCCCACCAUGGUCCCUCCUCGCUACUCCCCGCCUCAUGAACACCCGGACGAGAAACCGCCGCCGUACAGCCCGUAGGCCGGCUCCAAGCGAUGGAAACACCUGAGGACCCGUCAGGUGUCGGGAGACUCCCUGCUCGGAUUCUGCUGGCUUUUCUUCACAAACUCUGAACGAUGUGUUGAAGAAAAAAAAGGCGAGGGAAGGACGACCACAAGCACCGGCUAGCAGGACUAGCGCUAGGACUCUCUCUGGCCGUUUCUGUGCGUCCAUAUUUGAGAGAGACGCAGCCUGCUCUCCGGCAGGUUUGUUUACACAUCUAUCUGCCUUAAUGCAUACGGACUCCGAACACUGCGCCAUUUAAAGACUCUCCUCCUGUACAGAAACUCUCCUCCAGCUCAUAUGUUCUUCACAUGUCAAUAAUGGAGACUAAAAAAUAACAAGCCUUUCUGCCUCAACUGGAGCAGAAGAAAUUUAUCGCUGGAAGCUUCGAAGUCCAGAUAGGUAAUCAGGUUGAGAACCCAACAAAUCGUUUCUGAAUCAGUUUCUAAACGUCUCUGACUGUAACUAGAAGGAAAUAUUUAAUGAAGGUGUUACAUGCUUAUAUUUGUACAGCAGCAUGUUGUAGUUAGCAGCACAGCUAGGCCUAAAGCAGAUCAUAUUUAUUUCUGUUCUCUUCUGUGUGGUGAACAGAGCAACGCUAUUCAGGAAAUAAAGUAUUGAAUCUACUACAGCAGCUGCUGAGGAGACGCAUUCAACUCCAUUUAUUCUACUUCUACCAAAAGCUGUGAAGCAGAUAUGAUUAAAUAUGUUCAGGAGAAAUAAACUUUUGUUCUGUUUGAAUUCCUGCUGAAAGUCUGUGAGAAACGGGAACUAAAAAUUCAACGCUGUCACGUGUUAUGAAAUGUAGUAAAACCUUCAGAAAUAUACUCUUCUGAUUCCACCCACCCACGUUGCUCCCAGACCUGGUUGGUGUAAAUUUUAAAUAACCUGAACACAUUGUGUUUAAAUGCAUACAAAUGCAUCUCAAUACAUUCAAAAAUCUCCAUAAGUUCAUUUAUUUUAUAAAUUGACUUUAACUCAUACAUUAUUAUGAGUGUGUAUGUGUAUAUAUAUUUUAAUUUCUCGAUUCAUCACCCUGAAGACAAGACUGAUGAUAAUGGCUUACAUCUGGUGAAAACGCAAAACUUUAUCUCUAAAAUAACAUUUGAAAAAAAUGUUUUAUUUUAGCACAAAAACAUUGCUUAAUGCUGACUUAUGUCACUGACGCUUAUGCAAAAUUCACAUUUUGCACAUUUUUGUGCUUCUAUUUGGGUCUCAACUGCUGCUAAACACAAUGCGGGCGCUUAAAAAACCCAUGUAAUUGUUCUUUGGUUACCUAGCAACCCAAGCCAAGCUCCAGCACGUCUGGUCAGCUGGUUUUACCGCUGUGCAAUGACUGCUGGAAAAGACGAGGAUUUUGUUAUUGACUUAUCUUCCGGAAACCACUUGCUGCAUUCUCAUUGGUUGUGCAGGAGGCUCCACUUCUGCUUUUCAAAGACGCACGGUUGUACAAUUGCGCAUUUGUUUGCAGCCAUUUUCACGCAUGAGUGUAAAUGUUGAGUUGGGGGCGUGGCCAGAAGCAGCUUAUUUAGAUUUAAAGUGACAAGACGCCUUAAAACAGCUCAUUAUGAAAUAGACAAAACUGAGCAGAUUAAAAUUUCAAUAUCUUAAGAAUGAGUUUGUGCAAAAAACGUAAUGAACAUGUUUUGUAUUACACAUAGACCGAUCCUAACCUGUUCAAGGAUGCACAACGGAUCACCUUUAAGCAACACAAGAUUAUUGAUAAACUUCCCAAACAUAUUAAUGGAAAGUUUAGUGGAAGAAAAAGCGGCGUUCUUGAAGAAGCAACAGGAAUAACUGGAGAUGCCGAUUUCAUCUGCCAGUAGGAUGUAGUAUUUACCCACACUGCCAAAAUUACUGAUACCUAUAUUAAUGACCAUAGUAACACUGUGAUACUGGAUUGGAUCAAACGGGCCUGAUCAGAACCACAUAGAGAAACUACACAGUACAUGAGAAUAUAUUUAAAUAGGCUUACAUUUAUGGUUUUUAAUUAUUUUAAAUUACAUUCUAAUUUAAAUGUUUUCCAUUAGAUGUAAGCCAUUUUACAAAGUGCGGCUCGGGGGCCAUUUGCGGCCCUCUGAAGGAUUUUUGGCGGCCCAAAUGGAGCAAAUCUGCUUAAAUGGUUGAUGCAGAUGGACCCUUGUUCAACAUUUUUACAGCUACAUAACAUCUUAAAAAAUAUAAUGUACAAAAAAUAGAUUUGCAUUUAUUGUUUUUAUUGUUUUUUCAUUUAAUCUUAAUUUUGGAGUAAUUAGAACCGAAAACAUUCACCAACUUUUUCCCAAAAACAAAUUUUACUUCUGAUAUAAAAAAAACCAAUCAAUCCAAACAAUUUAGAAGCUCUGGACCUUUUUCAACUAUUUUCCAUUUUCUACAAAAAUCUGACCAUUUUGCUCAUUUUAAUGAAAUUGAAAUUGUUUAGUUUAUUAUUGAGCAGCUAAAACAAUAAUAAAAAGAAUGUCAAAAGUUUAUUUUAAAAAAAGCGACUCCAAGUUGACAACUUUUUCCCUUUUGGUGAAAAUAUUGGAUUCCACUGCAUUAUCAUCUAAAUAAACAAAAAACACUUUAAAUAAAUCGCCCAUAUUUCACAUUUUGAUCUGAUCUAUUGAGAUGCAUUUGCUUUGUUAUGCUCUCAUUAGUCACAGAGUCCUGCUGGUUUUCCAGAGUUUGGAGCAACAUCAUUCCCAUUUCAGUAUCACAUCAUCUUCUCCAAUCAGUGCUGGAUUCACUGAUCUGGUUUAAAGAGAAACUGAAGUGUAAACACACAUCAGCUUCUCUGGUUUGUACUUCAGUCUGCAACAGAUGAACGUUUCUUUCUACCAAUAAAUCAUUUGUGAUUCACCUGUUUUUUUGGGGGUUUUUUUUUUUGCUUCACCAAAGCUGACGGUGUGACUGUCCAGAAAGUUCUCUGCUGAUAAUCCAAAUAAAAAAAGUUUGGUUUUGAUCUUUG